AGGGUGGCAAUAGAUAUACGCUUCAGGAUCUCAGCGAAGUAGCUCUAGGGGUCCGCUGAAUAACAUUAUUUCAGGGGGCGUACUGUACUGCUAGCUGUCCUGACUACCUAAUCACUAAUCUGACUAAUCUAACUGCUGCCUCUUUCUUCGCGAGCCACUUAAAUCCGAAUUCCGCGUCGGGCCUCGGAACUCCGAACUGCUUUCGAGUCUACGGACGUUUGUGAUUCAUCGUCUUCUCCAAUGUCUAGGUAUGUAACAAAAAGAAAAUUCAAUCUAUUCUCAAUCCAUCUUAUCAAUCUAGCAGAUUCGACUUGACCGGAAGCCUGGCCAAAUUUCGUACCAUACCCUAUUACCGUGAAUUCACCUCCAGGACGAUGGUUGAUGCCCAAGCCAGUAACGCGCCUCAGCCAUCCGAGGAUGAUGAGCAUGACCAAGACCAAGACCAGGACCAAGAGGAUCAUCAUCAAGGCCCCGCACGGAAGCGGCAAAGAGUAAGGCUUUCAUGUUUAGAGUGCCGCCGCCGAAAGCUUUCAUGCUCUAGGGAGCUGCCUUGUGAUCGUUGUAUCAAAUCCGGGACACCCGAGAGGUGUACUUAUGAGUCGAGACCCGGCGUAACGGCGGUCCCCGCAGGAGAGAAACCUUCCUUUACCCCUUCUGCUCUUCCCGUGUCAUUUAGUUCCGACGCCCGUCGUCACUCUACGAAUCCUCCCUCAACCCGUCGCGAGGUUGAGCCGUCUGUGCUCAGAGAUGCUGUACGUGAUCAUGACAGGAUUCGGCGACUUGAACUCGAAGUUGCCCAACUGAGAAGUGCUUUAUCAAAACAAGCAUCGGUUGAUGGUAGCACAAUGGUGGCCUCGCCAUCGACCUUGAAGGACUCUGUCAAAGAUGGUCAGUCUGUACCUUCAAAUCCUACAUGCACUCCGCAAAAUAUCGAGUUGUUUGAAUACGGGAAUUUGCGGGGGCAUGACUUUAAGACUAAAUACUUUGGCCCGCACAACGCAUGGUCGUCCCUUCAGGAACUUACCGGUAUAUUUCAUUUCAUGAGAGAGACGGCCGAGGAGUGGCUCAAACCUCUCAAUAUUCAAAAGAAGGAUCGCAGAAAGCGAAAGGAGGACCGCGACAAGAAAUUUACCGAGUCUGACGUUGGUCUAGAGUCGCUUCUCCCUUCUAAAGAAGAAACAGACUCUCUCGUCGCCGUGUAUCUAGAUCAGUUCGAGCAGAUUCAUCGCGUCGUUCACAUACCAACCUUCAAAGCCGAGUAUGAGACAUACUGGGACCCAUCCAAGACAAACACCGCCUCAUUUACCGCCCUCCUACUGUCCAUGAUUUCUGUAUCCUGCUGCUUGGAUAUGCAGGCAUCCAACAAAUUUGUAGGCAUUAAAUCUAGCUCGAUUCAGAUGGCCGAGAAAUGGGUCAAGGCAUGUGACGAGUGGUACUCGCGGCAAAGCCAGAAACACCGCAAACUCGUCCAUUAUCAAAUCGCUUGCCUUCUUUAUCUUGCUAAGCGAGUGAAUCUCAUCAAGAAGAAGCGAUUUUGGACUACAUCCGGUACAAUGAUUCGCGAUAGUCUCAUGGUAGGACUUCAUCAGGACCCUGAUCGCGUGGUAGGGAAAGUGUCCCCGUAUAUUGCGGAGAUGCGACGAAGAAUAUGGGCUACUAUAGUCGAGUUCGACGUCCAGUCAUCAUUUGACCAAGGUCUUCCCACGCUUAUGAAUACAGUUCAGAAUGACUCCGACGCGCCUAGAAAUAUAGAUGACGAUAGCUUCAACGAAAGUUCCCAGGAACUGCCUAUUUCGCGUCCAGCUCACGAUUACACAUAUACGUCGUAUCUACAUUUAAGUCGCCAGAGUCUCGCCCUUCGUACGGAGCUGAACAAGCUAUUGACCGGACCACCAGCAGAACUUGAAUGGGAGCAGGUCCUUCAAUAUAGCGACAUGAUUACUCACGAGAUCGACCGACUACCAUCAUGGGAUUUGGACAAUGAAAAGGGCCCGGAGCACUCGCGAAAGCCAAUCUUAGCACAUACAUUACUACAUCUCCAACUAAGACAAUAUCUAAUUCCGCUUCUCCAACCGUACCUAAAGCUUAGGAAAUUUAACUCCAAGUACCAGGUCGCGGAGCUCAUUUAUUAUACCGCGGCUCGAGACAUCGUUAUAAUGCACGAUCGGCUGUACCAAAAAGGAAUUCGGACACUCUAUUUCCUCCGUGAAGACACAAUGAAUUCGGUCAUCAACCUCUGCAACGUAACAUUGCAUCAACCGAAAGAUUCGUCGAGCCUGAUUAUGUAUAACUCACAAGAGACUCUUAGACUCAUUGAGAGGUGCAUUACUAUGAAAGAAGACCGCGUGCUGAGAUGCGGCAAUAACGAUCCGUGGGGGUACUCGUCAAUGUGCGCGGCUUACGGCCUUUUAGAGACGCACAUGGGCAUUAAGACGUCGGAGGCAGCCAAGGCUUCCGCGGCAGAACGGUUUAUCAGUCUACAUUACAAGCUGCUCGCAUUCCAGAUUCCGCCCUAUUCCUCCCAACCACCACAACCUCUUUCGACUUCCUCGCAGACAGGUCAAGACCCAAUUAACCGAGCAAAGUCAAUUACACCGUUCCCCAUGGAUACAACACCUACUAUUCAGAUGGCGACCACGUCAUAUCAGCAGCGGGAUGGCUUACCACUGUCGAUGCCGUGGUUACUACCAUCAACCUCAGAUUCUAGCACACUUCCUAUUCCGAAUCCCGAUUUCAAUUUCGAAAUGCUCGGUUCCGACCUGAAUGAUCUAUGGGGAGAUUGGGGAGGUCCUAAUGACUUGGUAUAAAAUGUCUUCUUAGCGGCCUGUUCCUCAAGGCGCGGAUAUUUCGUGUGCUAGGCGCUGGAGGCCUCGCAACGAAUAAUGGUUUAAUUCUGUGAUAUUAGAUAGGGAUAGAGAAAAUGAUAGCUUAUGAUACCCAGAACGAAUUGAUUUCGAGUAAGAGGACUUGAUGGUGCGAAUCUUCACAAAUGACUUUGGCUGUCGACUACACGCGUAUGCAUAUAUACGUAGAUGAUACUAUUAUAAGAUAGGCGCAUAUAGCGCGCGUACUGAUGACUGCUUGGUAGGUCAGAUGCAUUCGGUAAUUUAGAUGCAAGCCGCCCGCCUGAUGUAACCACUGCUCCGCGAGCCGGG